GUUUUGCAAUCGGAAAAUCAAAACAAAACUUACUAGUCCCGUUUCAUUACGGUACUUUCCGGAAAAAAAUUAACUUUAUCGGAGUUUUUGCAUCAACGAGUGAAAAACAUGACAUCCAAAGUUCUGCUAAAUAAAUUAUCUUCGCUUUCGUCGCGGCACGUCUACAUCGUUAACUUCGUGCCCUCGCUAUCGUUCUCCUCUAAGCCUCCGUCCUCGGACAAACCGGUCAGUCCCCGAAUGGAAGAGUUCCAGAAGAAGCUGCGCGAGAAAACCCCGAUCGGCAAGCUGGACGAAAUUGUCGGUAAACAUCCGUACCAGGAGAAAGAACCGUUGGAACCGUGGCCCAACAACACCAACCCGAACACUGGCGAGAUUGGGGGACCCCGGGGACCGGAACCGACCCGGUACGGCGACUGGGAACGAAAGGGUCGCGUUAGUGACUUCUAGGUGAGUAAUCAAUCGCAUCCGAAGUUUCGUUUGACAUUAUUCUGGAAGGUACCAGUGAAAGUCACGAUUCCGCUGAUUUAAUGGAAUCUACUAGUGUUGUAAAUGGUUAAUGUAGAUAUUAUAGCUGAACUAAUUAUAACGUAGGGUGAUAUUCUUGUUGUAGGCGUAGUUCUAAAAUACAUACUGAAAUGUUGCCAAUUUGAGAUUUUAAAUAAAAGUUUCCUGACAAUA